UCGAGGCAGAUUUACGGGUAUAACAUGCAGUGAAUGUCAGUCUGGAUACUAUGCAGCAAACUGCAAUGUAUCUUGUUCCGUGGGAUGUGAAAAUGGACUGUGUUCAAAAGAUGGCACUUGUUCAUGUCUUCCAAACUUUGUUACCGCAAACUGUGAUACAUGUGCGGAUGGACGAUACGGUGAAUUUUGUGAUCAGGUAUGUAGCGUAGGAUGUACAACAUCGUCCUGUAACAAAAGGAAUGGCUUUUGUGAAUGCCUUUAUAACUUUCAUGGCGAUAAAUGCGACCAAUGCAAAUCCGGCCUUUACGGACAAAAUUGUGAAUUACAUUGCUCGGAUAAUUGCAAAGGAGACACAUGCUCACGAGAUCAGGGAAAAUGUACACAUGGUUGUGUUGAUGGAUAUUCGUAUGAUAAUUGUACAAUCUCUUGUGACAAUGCAUGCGCAACAUGUUUACAAAUUGAUGAAUCAGAAUGUGUGUCAUGCUUAAAUGGAUACAGCGGAUCAACAUGUCAAUGUUUGCCUCAUUGUUAUUGCGACGUUGCAUCUGACGUAUGUACUUCAUGUGUUCAUGGGUUUGCCAACCCUGAAAAACAAUGUAAAUGUCAGUCACAAUAUUGUAUCGGAACCGAGUGUGACAGAUGCAUCAACCUAACGUUUUAUGUUGAUGAAAAUACGUGCUGUGAAUGUCCAGAGAAUUGCAAAGAUGGUGUUUGCAAGAGUGGGCCAAUUUGUACAUCUGGUUGCAUUGAUGGGUUUUACGGAAUCGAGUGUUCUCAAAGUUGUUUGUCCCUUAGUGCUGAUUGUUUAAGGUGUAUUCAGUCUGAUGGAAAGUGUCUGGAAUGUAACGACGGUUUCUAUGCCCAUAGAAAUGGAAGCUGCAUCAGAUGUAGCAGAAAUUGUAAGAAUAACCAGUGCAAUUCUGAGACAGGCACAUGUACAAAUGGUUGUGCAAAGAGGUUUUUGGGCGACAAGUGUGAGAUUCAAUGUGGGUCAAACUGUGUAACAUGUCAGCUAGAUUCGGGAGUAUGUUUGUCGUGUACAGACACAACUUACCAUGGAUUGUUUUGCAACAAAUCAUGUAGCACCUCGUGUUUGGACAGCAAAUGCGAACAAAUGACUGGAUAUUGCCACAAUGGCUGCUCUCGAGAUUCGUUUGGAAGUAUGUGCGAUAUCAAAUGCCCUGACAAUUGUCAGCAAGGGGACACGAAAACGAGAUGUAAUAUCGAUGGCAGCUGUUUAUACGGCUGUAUUAACGGCCUUGAAGGCAGGAUUUGUACAGAGAGACGAAUUUACCUUGGUUCUACCACAAUAGGUGCUCUCGCAGUUUUGUCGGGAGUUUUGGGCAUUUUGCUUAUUUGUACCGCUACUGGAUGCUACUUGUGGAACAGACGAAUGUCUAAAUCAAUAGAGCAUAGCUCGGAAAUACACUUAGAUCAGCGUGAAAUAGAACGGGCCUAUGAACAGCUACAAAGACAAACUAGCGGAGAAACAAACAGGAAUAUUGACGACACUUAUGCUGUACUUUCCAUUUAAAAAUUAGACACACGUUUUAUUCUGAAACUUGGACAUUGUUAGUUUCCUUUCUUUCAUUUUGUUGUAUUAUAUUUAUAGUUUCAGUUUAAAAAUGAUUUGUCUUCGAAUUUGUUUUUGAAAUUUAGAAAAAAAAUAACUGUUGCUCGUACAUGUACGAUGUACAUGUAGGAGCAUUUGUCUCAGACGUGUUCUUAACCACAUGGUCAAUGUUGCAGCAAGUGACAGGUUGAGCGCUUAUUUACUGAUUCAACUAUACAUUGUUUGCAGCAACAAUAAAAUUAAUCAAUAUUAAAAAGUGACAAAUAUGUCAACAUAUGUUGUUUUUCACAGAUAAGGAAAGAUAAAUUAAUACAAGGGGCACUUUUGGCUAACAUCUUGUACUAAAGUGACAUUAUCAAAGAUAUGACUUUUAUUUAGAAUAAUUCAAUUUAUGUCUGUAAAGUGUCAUUUUACGUUUUACCAAACUGGUCAACUUACACACAAAAUUGAAAUGCUUUAGGCAUUUAAUUAUGAUUUGGUGAUUUAUACUUCCAAAAGCUUUCCCGGUACGACAAUUAUAAUUUGCCCCGAUUUAUUUGAGUUUUUCAAAUAUGAAAUAAUCCCUUGUAUUAGUUUAAAUUUACCAUCUAUAUAUCUCACCUUAAUAAAUCUAAUUUGAUUUAGUGAUACUAUGUUUUAGAUUAUUUUCUCCUUUUAUAUUUGCUAUGUUCUUUGGUGCGUUUUUGUCAUUCAUAUAAUAAAAUCCGACUAUUCAGACGCCAAUUUGAAAGACGUUUAAAGCCUAACCUUUACCAGUUCAGUAUAUAAGUGGUUUCAAAUAAACACUUAAUCAAUUGUACGAAACAAAAUUAUAAAAUAUCCGCGAAAUGACUGUUAAACCAUCAAAGUCGUGACAUUAAUUGAUACUCAUUUCGUUGCAGGCAUGUGUAUAUUCAUGGUAACUUCUAAAGAUUCACAUUGUUUUCCUUGCUGUUUAAUUUUGUGGAGUAAGUUUCAACAACAUUCAUAUCACUAGUGUGUUGUUUUUGUUUUUGCUUUCUGUAUGUAGUUUUGUAGAAACAUAUAACUUAUGUACAGUGUUUGUUUUUGUGUGUUAUGACCUUGUUUCAAGUUAAGCGUAUUACGAUGAUUUUUGCCUUCAUAAACUAUCGAAUACUAUCUCAUCUGCAUUUUCAUUGCAAUUAUGUUGUUUAUGAUUUUAGAUUAUAUUUUAUUUUCCAAUGAUGUUUUUUUUUCUCUUUUUUUCUUUCACAUGUUUUGUGUAUCAUGCAUAUUUAAUUAAAACGCUAUUUUAAGUACCUUUAAUAAAUUCCCGAAGAGUAAGUGAUAUCCGAUGUUCAUUUCAAGAGUUUCCUUUAUAACAGUUGUUACUUGUUUUGGUAUGCUAUGUCACUUAUAAUGCUGUUUUUUUAAAUAGCAAGAACCUCCUUAAGAGUGAGUACUUCUGUUGCGUGUUUGUUUCAUUUUAAGUCCUGGUUUAAUGCUAUAUAUUGAUAUAGUGUAACGUAACUAUGACUGCUAGGUGCAUUGGUUCAAAUUGUGGUUAUUUCCGUGCGAAACAGUUAUCGUGUGAGAAUAAGAUAUACGUUAAACAAGAACAGUAUGGCCUUUUGAUUUGUAUCAGGUCGUCCA